AUGGAUCCUCAAAUUGAAUACGCCACCGAGGCCGACGGGCCUGGCCUGGCCAAUGUCAAUAUAAUCAGCUUCCGGCAUCAAGGGUUGCUUCAGGAAGUCUUCCCAGAGGCCAGCGAUGAAAGGUUAGGGGAGUACAAGGCAGUCUAUUCGAUGAAACAUCUGGCGAAUCCGGAGAUGCACGUCCUGAAGCUGGUGGACCCGGCGAGUGGAGAUAUUAUUGGUUACAGUCGAUGGCAUAUCCCCAAGGCCCUUGUCGGCGAGACACUUCCUGUUCUCAGUGAGAAAGCACAAGAAGCUGCGCGUGAUUUCAAAGCCCUGGCCCCUCGGCCGAUGAAUGAGGCGAUGUAUGCAGCCUUUCGACAGCUACUGGAAACUUCGCGCAAGCGAUUCACCACCGAGCAGGACAUGGUUCUGGAUCUGCUUGCUAUUCUCCCUGAAUAUCAAGGACGAGGCCUUUCAUCAAAGCUGCUGCGCUGGGGCUGUGAUCAGGCAGACCAGUUCGGGGUGAGAGUAUAUCUUGAAGCCACUGGUGAUGGAUAUCCAGUAUAUAUCAAGUAUGGCUGGAAGCCCUUGGAGGAAAUGGCUCUUGAUCGGACGCUGUAUGGAGGGAAGAGCGUGGAUCGGUUCACAUUGAUGAUGCGAGAUCCGCAGCCAGUGAAGAAAUAG